GCACUUUUCGUGUUAAUGGGACGUCCCCUUCCCACUCCCACACACCUGCCCUUGCUGCCUCUCCCCCGCCACUCGGAGCACACGCAUCCCGCCCGCGGACACCUCCACUGGGGCUCCCGAGCGUUUGCGGCACCGGUCAUGAUCUGGAAGCGAGUCGUGGCUCUCUGCGUUCUGCUCCAAUUCGGGGCCGAGGCGCGCACUCGCCCGCGGAGGGGCGCCGCUCCCUCCGCGGGCGCGUCCAGGGCUCCUGCCUUCGACUCGUGUCAGGUCAGCCUGACACCUCUCGAGCAUCGAGUCUUAGACGACAACACCCACGAGACAGGAUUUAACGGUGAUGACGGCUCCUACGUGAUUCUCACGUGGGUCGGCGAUGGUACUGGGGUGAUCCUGGUGUUGUCUACAAUCAGUGCUCCCAUAGACACGUUCCUCGAUGGAGGCUCCUCGCGCCUUUACCGAAGUACGGAUUACGGAAAGUCCUUCCAUGACAUCUCACACAGCAUCAACCACACGUUCAUCAAAGAGGAGUUUGGAGUCAGCGUGGGACCAGGAAGUUAUGUGAUAUUAACCGCCGACACACCCGUGGUGGACCAUCCGGGCGGCAUCAUUUUCACCUCGACAGACGCCGGUGCCACCUUUCGCUUCAUCCAGCUUCCCUUUCACCUGGCGCAGCCCAUCACCUACCACUUCCUCAACCCCGACUUGCUGGUGGCGUUGAGCAUCGAGGGUGCUCUGUGGCUGACGCUGGACUUUGGCGCCACGUGGACAAAAGUGCAUGAUGGAGUGCAUUCUUUCUCCUGGGGAGCUGGCAUCAAUUUGUUCUUCAGUUGCAGCAAAGCAGACACAAUGGAUGCGGAAGAGCGGGGCGAUCUGCAGCUGAAGAGGACCAAAGACCUCGGCAAGACCUUCGCCACCAUCCACGAGGAUGUCUACAGUUUUGGCUACAUCGGAACUUUUCUCUUCUUCUCAGUCAUGGAAGACACGCGAUCUCCGAGGGUCAUGUAUUUUUCGUCCGACCAAGGAGACACCUUCAAUCGAGCGCUACUCCCGUCGGCUUCAACCGAACAGUUUUACUCCAUCUUGGACGGGGACGAGGACAUGCUCUUUAUGCACGUGGACAACCCGGGAGACACCUAUUUUGGGACCAUGUACACAUCAGAUGACCGCGGCAUCCUUUUCUCCAAAUCGCUCGAGCGCCACUUGUUCGACGGGCAGCGGAAGAGCGAUUUCCGGAACAUCACAUCGCUCCGCGGCGUGUAUCUCACCAAUAAACUGGACAAAGAUGGACGGAUCCGAUCGGUCAUUUCAUUCAACCGGGGAGGAACGUGGCGACGGCUUUCCAAACCUCAGAAUGUGGAAUGUGGGGAGAAAGUGAAGAACUGCAACCUUCAUAUUCACGGAGAACACAGUCGCAUCAAUCACAUCGUGCCGAUGCUGCUCAUGUCCGAUCCCACGGCGGUUGGUCUGGUCAUCGCGCAUGGUUCGGUGGGUGAUUGCCUGUCGUCAUGGCAGCAUCCAGAUGUUUUUGUCUCCUCUGACGGGGGUUACAACUGGAGAGCCACGCUGAGGGGUCCCCAUCAUUACAGCAUCCUGGACUCCGGCGGGCUCAUCGUAGCCGUGGAGGCACGGCGGGAAGGACAGGUCAAGACAAUCAAGUUCUCAACCGACGAAGGCCAGUGCUGGAAGUCGUACAACUUCACCGAGCAGCCCUUCUUCUUCGCCGGCCUGUCUUCCGAGCCGGGCACCAAGGCCAUGAGCGUCAGCGUAUGGGGCUUCCGUCCUGAGGAUGACGACCAGCCCAUGUGGGUGGCGGUCACCAUCGACUUCCAGAGCCUCAUCACGAGGGAAUGUAAUGACCAGGAUUAUGAGGAGUGGUUGGCGCACUCAACCGGGGGAGACGGUUUGGAGAGGGACGGCUGCGUCCUGGGUGUCAAGGAGACAUACCGCAGACGGAAGAAACAAGCCGUGUGCCGAAAAGGUCGCGGCUAUGUCACGGUAAAGACGGAAAUUCCCUGUCUGUGCACCAGGGAAGAUUUUUUGUGUGACUACGGCUAUGAGCAGCAAGCGAACACAUCGGACUGCGUGCCGCGGCCUGACAUGCACAACAAAACCUUGGAGAUGUGCCUGAAUGGAGAAGAGGACGAGCUCCUGACAGCAGGCUAUCGCAAGGUCCCGAGUGACCGCUGUGUGGGGGGAUUUUCUUCUCGGUUGGCGGUCCAGACUAUCAUCAGACCCUGCGGUGUCAAACCCAGCCCCGAUUCACCUGUCGCUCACGUCACUGCACCAGUGACACACUUUGACACACCACGAGAGAGGAUGGUGCUGAUACUGGUGUGCGCUGGCGCGGGUAUCAUCGUUCUGGCCGCUGUCAUUUCGGCUCUGGUCGCCAUCAGGAGAGGGGUUUAUCAAUCUAGGGCACCAGAGUAUCGUUUCUCCAAUCUCCAGAUUCAAGAUGAGCGCAAUGGAGCCACGGGGGAUCGUGAAAGUGCCAACAGCAGCAAUGGAUCGGCAUGUCCGCAGGACUCAGAUAAUCAAAAUCUUCUACAGUAAAACGGUUUUUGAACCGGCAUGAGAGCGGAUUUGAAAAGCAGCAACAAAAUGAAAUUACGUUAUUUAUUGACAUUCAUUUGCUCGGAUUGGUUUGAUGCAGCCCUGAUUUGUACAUUUUUUAUUUGAAUAUUAAAAUGCAUACAUGUUGACAGUA